GAGCUCCUCCUGCAUUCUGUGUCUAUCCCCGGUCUCCUAUUGUCUGUCCUUCAGCGCUGACGUGUGCCUGUGGGAGCCGGGCGGCCGCGCAGGCGCAGUGCGCCGUGAGAGUGGUGCCGGUGGCUCUUUGACGUGGCACUUCCCCAGCUGCUGGAUAGAACGUUGCACCGGAGCGCGAGUCCCGGCCACAGGGCAGCAGCAGCAGCAGCAGCCAACUCACCCACUCACUCACCGGGCACCCCCAACACACACACAGAUAGACAGACAGACAGACAGCAGCACACGGCACUCACCGAUCGCAAGAUUUUUCAAGGAUCCAGGGAAUGAGAAUAUUUUGAACAAAAAUGAGUCAACAUGGAUAUGUUGCCACACCACCUUAUUCUCAAGGUCAGCCAGGAAUGGGAGGAUAUCCGGCUGGGUUUGGUUCAACAACUUCACAGCCACAUUACGGCCACUACGGUGGAACAGGGCAUUUAAAACCAGUAUCUUCACCUCAUGGACCUUCCAUUCCUCUUGGUCACCCACCACCUUCUCCAGCGCAAUUCAGCCAAACUAGCCUCCAGAAUGGAGUAUAUAAUCCAGGAAACCAAAUGUCAAGCUAUGCCGCUUCUUCUCCAGGCAGUGCUCAGCCUCCUUCCUUCCAAUCCCAUGGCUCCCACCCACAACCAAUGUACCAGAAUACUGCACCUGCUUCAUUCACACAGCAAGUCGUCAGUCAAAUUGGUGCCAUGAAAAUAGGUGGCUACGUAGGCUCUUCACAAGCACCAUCGCAAAAUGACCCAUCACUACCUGGACCUCCGCUCCAGCCUUCAUUCCAAGGAUCUCACCCACAACAGCGUUUGCCUCAUAUUUCAUCUCCACCAUCCCAAGGAAUGUCUGUUGCCCCUGCUGUCCCUUUAGCUACAAUGCCACCUGGAGGAGCUGUACCUCCCCCUCCAGGAAUGAACAUCAACCACGCUGGACUCAAUCAAGGCAGCAUUGGCUAUCAGCAGAUUCCCGGUCAGCCUCCCAUGGCUGGGUACCCACCACAGCAAGGAGGUAUUUAUGGAGGGCAGCAAAGGGGAGUUCAGCCCAAUUACCCUGGUGCCCCUGGAACAUAUCCAGGGGCACCAGUAACUGGUGGACAGCUGGCUGGACCUCCGCAGAAGAAACUUGAUCCUGACUCCAUUCCUAGUCCAAUCCAGGUCAUAGAAGAAGAUAAACUUCGAAGAUCAGGACAGCUUUUUGCAACAAAUUCUAGGGGACAGGUUCCUCCACUCGUUACCACUAAAUGUGUUGUACAAGAUCAAGGAAAUGCAAGUCCUCGUUUCAUUCGCUGUACAACUUACUGCUUUCCAAGCACAGCAGACAUGGCCAAGCAGUCACAGAUCCCGUUGGCAGCUGUCAUCAAGCCCUUUGCAGCCUUGCCAGCAAAUGAGGCACCAAUCUGUGUUGUAAACCAUGGUGAGACUGGACCCAUUCGUUGUAACAGAUGUAAGGCCUACAUGUCUCCAUUAAUGCAGUUCAUUGAAGGGGGACGGAAGUACCAGUGUGGAUUCUGCAGCUGUGUCAAUGAAGUCCCCCCAUUCUAUUUUCAACACUUGGAUCACAUUGGCAGGAGGUUGGAUCAUUACGACAAGCCAGAGUUGUCUCUUGGAUCCUAUGAGUUUGUGGCGACUUUAGAUUACUGCAAAAACAACAAGCCCCCUGCUCCACCAGCCUUCAUCUUCAUGAUCGAUGUGUCAUACAGCAGCAUCAAAAAUGGCUGCGUCAAGCUAAUAUGUGAGGAGCUGAAGACUCUGCUAGAUAAGUUACCAAGGGCAGAUGAAGCAGAGACUUCUGCCAUUAGAGUUGGCUUUGUCACUUAUAACAAGGUUCUCCAUUUCUACAAUCUUAAAAGCAGUCUUGCACAGCCACAGAUGUUAGUGGUGUCGGACACUGGAGAGAUGUUUGUUCCGCUAUUGGAUGGCUUCCUUGUCGAUGUCCACGAAUCACAAAAUGUUAUUCACAACUUAUUGGACCAGAUCCCUGAAAUAUUUGCUGAAACCAGUGAAAGUGAAACUGUCUUUGCCCCGGUAAUUCAAGCUGGACUGGAAGCAGUGAAGGCUGCAGAAUGCUCAGGCAAAUUAUUCAUAUUCCACUCAUCCCUGCCGACAGCAGAAGCUCCAGGAAAACUGAGAAACAGAGAUGACAGGAAGCUAGUGAAUACAGAUAAAGAGAAGGUACUCUUUCAAUCUCAGUCAAGUUUUUAUGAGACUUUGGCAAAGGACUGCGUGGCCAAUAGCUGCUGUGUGGAUGUAUUUCUAUUCCCAAAUCAAUUUGUGGAUGUCACAACCAUGGGUGUCGUGCCACUGGCUACUGGUGGUAGUUUGUACAAAUACAACAAUUUCCAGAUACAUUCUGAUGGUGAACACUUCUUGAAUGAUCUAAGAAAGGACGUACAGAAGCCAAUAGGAUUUGAUGCCAUAAUGAGGGUCAGGACAAACACAGGUUUCAGAGCAACUGAAUUCUUAGGUUCCAUGUAUAUGAACAACACAACUGAUGUGGAGUUGGCUGCCAUUGACUGUGAUAAGGCAAUCACAGUAGAGUUCAAGCAUGAUGAUAAACUCAACGAAGAAUAUGGAGCUUUAAUUCAGUGUGCUCUGCUCUACACUAAUGUUGCUGGACAGAGACGGCUGCGCAUACAUAACCUGGCUCUAAACUGCAGCUCUCAGCACAAUGAUCUGUACAAGAGCUGUGAGACAGAUGCACUCAUCAAUUUUCUUGCCAAAUCAGCUUACAAAGCCAUUCUAAGUCAACCGUUGAAGAUUGUGAAAGAGAUACUGGUUAAUCAAACUGCUCACAUCCUGGCCUGUUACAGGAAGAAUUGUGCUAAUCCCUCAUCAGCUGGGCAGCUCAUUCUUCCAGAGGCCAUGAAGUUGCUGCCUAUCUACAUGAACUGCCUCUUGAAGAGUUAUGUCUUACUCGCGAGCCCUGACAUUCCUACAGACGAGAGAACCUUUCAGCGGCUGCUGGUUACUUCUAUGGACGUGGAAGGCACACAAUCCUUUUUCUACCCAAGGCUGAUACCCAUCCACAAGAUUGAUGUAAACAGUGAGGAGAUUCCUGCGGCUCUCCGUUGCUCCGAGGAUCGUUUAGUAGAUGGGGGAAUAUUUUUAUUGGCAAAUGGAAUAAAUAUGUUCCUGUGGCUGGGACUGAACACACAACCUGAACUAAUUCAAGGCAUCUUUAACGUACCUACUUUUGCACAUAUCAACACAGAGUCGACAUCGUUACCUGAACUGGACAACCCUUAUUCAAGGAAGAUUCGGAUGAUCAUUGACAACUUAAGAAGUCAGAGCCCAUAUUCCAUGAAAUUGAUAAUAUUAAAGCAAAAAGAGAAAACGGAAGGAAUUUUCAGGCAUUUCCUAGUAGAAGAUAAAGGGAUCCAUGGAGGAGCUUCAUAUGUGGAUUUCCUCUGUUCCGUACACAAAGAAAUUCGCCAGCUUCUUACCUAAGACCUGCCUCAACCCAAUUGCCAGGAUUGCCUUAUCAUUCAACUCUACAGGAGAAGGGGGUUAGCGAGAAUGGCACACAGUCAGAUUAUGCAUUGUUGGAUUUUCUUCACAGCAUUUGUCAACAGUACCAGUGGCUUUCUGAAGAAGACAACUAAUUUGAACGUUCCUGGAUUCUAGUUUUUACUGUUUUUUAGUAACACUGUCAUUUUAAUCAAAGUCUCUGAUAAUGAAAUGGUUAGUAUUAAUUGCUGUUCUUUCGUUGCAAUAUCAGGAACCUGGGCAGUAACAAAUCGCAAGAUGGGUACCCAGCAAUAUAUCUGUCAGGUGCUUUUUGUAAAUAUUUAAUCCUACCACCAAAUGAGUGGUCCUGAUGUGUGGCAAGAGAAAGCAGAGCAAUUUGGUAAAUCAUGCACAAAAACCUGUGACAUCCUCCUUUAAAAUAUUGUUCUCAGUUGCCAACAAUAUCUUUAUAUUCCAAGACUUUUAAUAUUCUAAUCACAAUGUAGUGGAGUUUGAGUGGACCAAAAGCCUAUGCAAUGUCUUAAUUUUGAUUUGGUUAUAUUAUCUAUAAUUAAAUCAGUCAAUAUUUAGUAUAGGCUCUCCAACAUAAAAGUGAUUAAUAAGUAAUGACCAAAUAUUUGUAUUGUGUUCUUCCAGUCAAUUACCCCUAAUAUCAGUCCCCUUAAGUUUGUAACCAGGAUUGGUUAACAUAUAUGCUGAUGUAUAUGCUCAGCUGCCAGUAUAUGCACACUCCUUCACUCUAUGCGACAUCUUCAGAACUUAUCUUCCAUAAGAGUUUUUAAUAAUACCGGUACCAAAGCAGAAUAAGGGAAAUGUCCAAACCAUGUUCCAUUUCUAUUGUUCAUGUAUCCAAACCUAUCAGGACGAAUCGACAAAUGAAACAUGUAUUUUUAUUUUAAGGACCACAAUCUUGGAUUAUCCUCUUACUGUGAGUAUUUCCCUGUUUUGCCGGUGUGAUUAGACAGUGUUGGACAUUAAUAAUGGACUUAUGCUAAAUUUACUUCACAGCAGAAUCUUGUGUUCAACCACGUACAUUUGUGUCAGAUUUCCAUUUCUGAUGAACUUUCAAAUUUUUACAAGUGAUCACACAUGGAAUACAGCACAAAUGUUUGCUUUCUUAGGUACAGUAUUAAGUAAUAUGAAAUUAUUUUAAAAACUAUUUCAUUAGAAGAUAAAAUUACAAUUCUUUGAGUUUAGGUGUAAUGACAUGAUUUAGUUAAAGCCUACAAACCUCUCUAGUCACUUAAUGGUGGUGAAAUAAAGUUUCCACUGGCUGUGGAAACAAAUGUGCUUGACUGAGAUUGGAUUUUCACAUUCAAAGGGUUGUGACUGUGAUGCCAGGGUAAAUGUUCAAUCUUUGAAGUUUUUCAAGAGAGCAGUUAACACGUCUAGGGAUUUCAGGGGAUUUGAAGGACAUGCAGAUUGUGCAGAAAGAUGGAAUUAGGGUGGAAGAUCAGCAAUGCAGAACAAUCUCAGACAUCACUCCUGCUAGUUUUUGUAUUUUUAUGCCGUAUCAACUGUGUUGAUUUGUAUUGUGUUCGUCCUGACAAUUGGUGAUCAUUACAACCUUUGAAGUUAAAGUAUCUUCAGAGAGGUGGAGCUAGAGUGGUGAGCAGUCAGCUCAGUGCUAUUCACUAAUAAGUAAUGUUUCAUAAAAGAGGAUGUCAACUAAAAUACAAAGCACUCUCUGGUGUUUAGAAGAAUGCGAAUGAGUCAAUUGAAACUACAUUCUCUGGCAAACAAAUAAUCUGCAGAUGCUGGAAAUCUGCUAUAAGCACAGAAAAUGGCAGCAGAAAAGGCAGCAUCUGUGGAAAUAGGAACAAUCAACAUUUCAGGCUUAAGGCCCUCUCAUUCACAAUUCUAUUAGAGGGUCACAUUGGCUGCUUCUCCUUCCACGGAUGCUGACAGACUUGACAUGCGAUUCCGGCAUUUUUCAAAAUUCUUAUGGGUCUUCAUAGGGUAAGUGCUUUCCCUUUGACUGGAGAAUUUGCAACCAGAAUAUUAAGGGUAUUUAUGGAGAUUGAGGGAAUUGAGGGAUAUGUAUUUAGCGUGGGAUAGUUGUGUCCAGGUAAAAGAGCUGCCUGGUGUUAUUGAAUGGCAGAGCAGGCCCAAGGGGUCAUAUCAUCCACUCCCACUUCGAUUUCUAAUGUUCUUAUCAAAGUAAUAAAGGAGACUGGGGUUUGCAUCAUAUGAUUGUAGCAGUUAUGUUUGGAUUGAGUUCACCAGUUCCACCUCAUGGAAGAAUGUAGGAGGGCAUCUUAUCUAUGUAGGUUUGGCAAGCACAUCUGCCAGUAGAGGAUAAUCUCAAGACCCAGCUAGCCAGCAAACCCAACACCUGCCCUCCACUCUCUUCAUUUAAAAAAAUACCCUGGUCAAUCAUGAUCUAAUAUUGCAAAGUGGUCUGAAUUAAGUAUUGGGCUUGAGAUUUGUUUGUUUAAAAGGUUUAAAGUCUUUAUUAAACCAUGUGCCUUGGAUGAAAGGAGCGUGCCCAUUUAAAGGGAUACCCGGCGCAGCAUUAAAAUGAAUAGCACACACCAUUUCAGUGGCCACUAUCUGAAAAUUGUCCUGCUUAACGCAAAUUCAAGUCUUUUGGCUGUUCAACAAUUAUAAGGCAGACUGGAAAGGCAGAGAUUGCUACAAUUUUCUGAGGGGGUUUCACCAGUUCUCUACUGGAAUAGUUACCCGAGGAAAUUCGCCCUCUGCUAUAUGAUGUCGGAAACUAAAUACGCACCAUUACAAUUGACUAAUUGCAAACAUUCAAAUUAGACGAGUAGGACAUAAAGUUUUAAUGCCUCACCAGAAACAGGAUGCAGAAUGUUGGAUGGGAAUUGGUGUUAAAAUCCGUUCUCCAACCAGUGCUUAGUAUUAGUGAGCAGAAAGGCAGAUAAUUCCCACAGUAAUAUCAGGUGCUUAAUCUUUUAAAAAGCAAAACAAACACUAAAGGUAUGUCAUAUAUACAGACAAAUACAAACCACUUGAAAAGGUUAAGUAGCUGUAUUAAAGAUGAUUUUCAUUUGUUUUACAUCAGAGGUAAAAUAAUACAACUAGAUCUGAUAUGGUUUUCCAGCAUUUUCCAGUUUAAUUUCAAAAUUCUUAUGGUGCUUCAAAGGGGAGUGGUACAGGACAUAGAAACAUAGAAAAUAGGUGCAGGAAGAGGCCAAUCGGCCCUUCGGCCUUUCGAGCCAGCAACGCCAUUCAUUGUGAUCAUGGCUGAUCGUCCCCAAUCAAUAACCCGUGCUUGCCUUCUCCUCAUAUUCUUUGAUUCCACUAGCCCCUAGAGCUCUAUCUAACUCUCUCUUAAAUCCAUCCAGUGCCCUCUGUGGCAGGGAAUUCCACAAAUUAACAACUCUCUGGGUGAAAAUGUUUUUUCUCACCUGUCUUAAAUGGCCUCCCCUUUAUUCUAAGGCUGUGGCCCCUGGUUCUGGACUCGCCCAACAUUGGGAACAUUUUUUCUGCAUCUAGCUUGUCCAGUCCUUUUAUAAUUUUAUAUGUUUCUAUAAGAUCCACCCUCCAGUGAAUACAAGCCUAGUCUUUUCCAUCUUUCCUCAUAUGGCAGUCCCGCGAUCCCAAGGAUCAAUCUCGUAUGGUAAUGAAAACCUGUAUCAACCGUUUAACCGUUUGUUGUUGCAUGUGCACAAAAAUGCUGGAGAAACUCAGCGGGUGCAGCAGCAUCUAUGGAGCGAAGGAAAUCGGCAACGUUUCGGGCCGAAACCCUUCUUCAGACUUGUUGUUGCAUGUGGUUGUCAAGUUGUAAAAAAUUGUGAUUUUAUUAAUUGUCCUUUAGUAAUUGCUUCAAUUACAAGAUGGUGCUGCAUAGUACACAAAAGAUGGACUAAUUAAGGCCAUUGGUAAAUUACUUUUGUAAUUUGUGAAAAGAUUAGAUCCUCAAACAAAUUAUCAAGCUUGUUGUUGUUAUUCAUUCAUCACCAGCAUUCAGUGACCAAGGGUUUGAAAUAAGAAAAUAAAAUGUCAGGAAGAGCCUUUUACAUAUUUAAUAUAUUCAACCAAUGUAUCAUUUUGUAUUGUAAUAUCCAAAAGCACGCUCAUAGUUAUAAAAUUCUGCAGUGUUAAAUCAUAAUCUUAUUGCCAAAGUAGCAUUGUGGUCUGAUUAUCUAGGAUGAUAGUGGUUGCAUUUCUAAUUCUGUACGUAAAUGGGAAUGUAACAUUAAGCAAAAUAUACAUUCAAAAUACUUUUAACGUCUGGCUUUGUAAAAUCAAAAAAUAUCUCAUUUUUCAUUGUAGUCACUUGCAAAUGUUAAUUAUUUUUUUAAAUUGCAGCUAUUUUUAUGAUGAAUAGUUAGCCGAGACAAGAGAUAAUAAAGUACCUGCAAUUCAGACCUUGGGGUGACUAUUCUGUCAUAGCUUUUAUUAUGCAAAUUUUUAUGCUGUCCGUAAUUAUGUGAAUAAAAUAAACAAAUAAAUGUAAGUGCCUUGCCUUUAAAACCUUCACCUAGUUUUGUUAUAUAAAUAAAUAGUACCUUCCACAUUCU